CUCGUCCCCCGUCGAGCCAACGCCAGCCAAACAACGCGACCCCGCGGCGCCCCGUCGCGCCCCCGCAGCGCCCCGCCCUUGCCUGUCCGAGCCUCCGAUCGACUCGCCUGUCCCGCCGGCCCGGAUGGCGGAGUUCGCGGCGCCCAAGCCGCCGGCGGCGGCGGGGAGGAAGACGCGGGUGGGGCCGUACGAGCUCGGCAAGACCAUCGGGGAGGGAAGCUUCGCCAAGGUCAAGCACGCGCGCGACUCCCGCACCGGCGCCGUCUGCGCCAUCAAGGUGCUCGACCGCAACCACGUCCUCCGCCACAAGAUGGUCGAGCAGAUCAAACGGGAGAUUUCGACUAUGAAGCUAAUCAAACAUCCCAACGUGGUCCAGUUGCAUGAGGUUAUGGCUAGCAAAACAAAGAUAUACAUGGUUCUUGAAUUUGCUGAAGGAGGGGAGCUAUUUGAUAAAAUUGUCAAUUCUGGGAGGCUAGGUGAAGAUGAAGCAAGGAGAUACUUUCAUCAACUUAUAAAUGCGGUUGAUUACUGCCAUAGUCGAGGAGUUUACCAUAGAGACCUGAAGCCAGAAAAUUUGCUUCUUGAUUCACAUGGAUCUCUUAAAGUUUCAGACUUCGGACUGAGUGCCUUUGCGCCACAAACAAAAGAGGAUGGGCUUCUGCAUACUGCUUGUGGAACGCCAAACUAUGUUGCACCUGAGGUGCUUGCCGAUAAAGGUUAUGAUGGUAUGGCUGCUGAUGUAUGGUCCUGUGGCAUAAUCCUAUUUGUUCUUAUGGCCGGAUAUUUACCCUUUGAUGAUUCCAAUCUUUCGAGGCUGUACAAACUGAUCUGCCAGGCAAAUUUUUCUUGUCCACCAUGGUUCUCUCCCAGUGCAAAGAAAUUCAUUAAGCGCAUUAUUGAUCCUAAUCCUGAAACGAGGAUAACAAUUGCAGAAAUUUUGGAAGACGAAUGGUUCAAAAAGGACUAUAAGCCACCACAUUUUGAACAAGGUGAAGAUGUUAGCCUUGACGAUGUUGAUGCUGCAUUCAACGAUUCAGAGGAAUAUCUUGUGGCAGAGAAAAGGGAGAGACCAGAAUCCAUGAAUGCAUUUGCUCUUAUAUCAAGAUCACAGGGCUUCAACCUUGGAAAUCUUUUUGAGAAGGAGAUGAUGGGAACGGUAAAGCGGGAAACAUCCUUUACAUCUCAAUGUACAGCACAAGAGAUCAUGUCUAAAAUAGAAGAGGCUUGUGGACCACUUGGUUUCAAUGUGCGGAAGCAAAAUUAUAAGAUGAAAUUGAAAGGUGAUAAGACUGGAAGAAAAGGUCAUUUGUCUGUAGCAACGGAGGUUUUUGAGGUUGCUCCAUCACUUCACAUGGUUGAGCUUCGUAAAACCGGAGGAGACACAUUGGAGUUUCACAAUUUCUACAAGAAUUUCUCAUCAGAGUUGAAAGAUAUAGUGUGGAAUGCUGAAUCUGACGCAAGUAAGAAACAGGCAAAGUAAUUCCAACGGGACCUGUUGUGUAUCUUCAAUGGCCACAUUUGUAGACCGUCUGUUCGAAUGGUACCACAUUAGCAGUCAAAAUCUUUCUGGGUUAAAAGAGGGCGCCUUUUUAAUGAGCGCGAUUGUACACAUACAUAUGACGAGGCCCUCCCUGGGAUCCUGGCAUCCUGCUAAUGUUGUAACGGCAAUAUGGGAUGUAAUGUAGGUAUCCUGAAUGCUUCGGUUGCCACCAGGGUUGAGUGUGCCUUUAUUCAAUGUCAAGGUAAUAGCAGAUGGUGAAAAUUGAUGUGGGAAUGCUAACUGCCCAAUUGGUUAGUUAUGAGCCUGAACUUGAUAUUUCUCAAGGCUAUACGCCUGAACCUGGGGAGCAUCCUGCAGACACAGGCGCGGUGCAUGCAUUUGAUCCUCUUGUCAGGUUCUCUCGUUCAGGUCCAGCGAAUUUUCAGCGGGCUCAGACGGAUGUGAUCCCUGCUCUGCACACGGGUCAGGAACUCAGGGGAGUUGGAGUACAUGUACGCUGCUGGAAACGGUAUCAGGGCAGUAUGAAUGUGUAAUCCACCGAGACUCAAGUUGAACCAUUGAGGACCUGCACGGUUGCACGAGAGUUGGAUAAGUCGUUAUGCCUGAACUCGAUGCAGGUGUACUUCUGAUAAUGGAAUAAAGGGAGGUGGUCUUUCUCAUCUUCAUUCCUAAUUUCGAUAAAUAAGGCUAUGUUUAGCAUUGCUUUAGCUUCACUUAUCUUCUUCUGUUUCAGGAUAGGUGUCUGGUUAAAAGCAGCACUGCAGGAGCAAUAUAUAGGAACAAAAAUUCACCAAUUUUUUAUUUUAAAAAACAUUUCUACAAGUAAGUACAUUCCACUGCGCAUCAAACAUUUCGUGCAUCUUAAGAUAAAUACAAAAUGGUAUUUUAAGGAA